AUGUUCGCGAUCUCGGCAUCAUCCCAGAAAUACCUGGGUACUGAAACACGAUUUUGCCAGUCCAGCGUUCAACUGUUUCUUUCGCAAUGUCUUCCUCAAUGGUCGUCUCUUGACCCUAGAUCAUGGGUCGCAUUGCUAGGCGAUCUUCCCUCAACAAUCGACGCAUUGGAGCUUUCCUCCAUAGCAGUAUCAGCUGCGGUGGUUGGACGUAUGAUCCAGAAUACAAAUCUUGUCAGGGAAAGUCUUACUUACUACACCCUCGGGCUUCGCCAGCUACAGCGGGCUUUGAAUAAGGCCAAUCUUGCACAAGAAGAUGGUACCUUGGCAGCGUGCAUGGCAUUAUCUCUCUACGAAGCUCUUGAAUGUCCCAAUUCAGCAUCCAAGGGCUACUACGAGCACUGUAACGGCCUCAUGGCUUUAAUCCAAAUUCGAGGAGCUCAUGCGCACUCUUUGGGCGCGGGCCAUAAAUUAUUCCUCGGGGUUCGAAUCCCUGGUAUAUUGCAUGCAUUAAAUCACAACAGUUCCACCAUUCUCUCUGAGCCGAUCUGGAUGGAGCAACCGUGGUCCAUACUACCUAAGCUUCCGUUCGAUCGAGUUGCAGAUUGUCUAGCCAAGGCCCCGGGCAUUCUGAACCGUGUACCUCUAUUAUUCAGCCUGGAUCCCAACCAACAACUUGAUCUGAUCCGCGAACUAGUAUACCAAUGUUUGGAAAUUGACAUGGCACUGAAGCAAAUUGAUGAUGACCUCCGACUUGCCACCUCAGGCGAUCUAUAUUGGCCAGUGUCGUCCAAAAUGAAGCUCAACCCGUUGGACGACAAUCAUUCUGGAUCGAAUUAUUUCCCUAUCACGUUCAAUUUUAUCGACCUAGAAAUUGCUAAAACACUAAUCCUACUUUGGGCAACAUGGACAAUGCUUUGGUCUGGUCUCUGCAACUUGUACCAGCACUUCGACAUAAUCGCUGCCGCCGGGGGUUUGUAA